AUGGAGCUCAGCAGGGAGGAAGAGGAUCCCACGAAAAUGGGGAGCGAUUCGCGAAAGAGGCCGAGCACGAUGGAAAAAAUCCACCGGUACUUCAGGGAGUACUGUAACAGUACCAGCAUACACGGUAUGAAAUAUUUAGCAGAGGAUAGAUCGUUGGGUGAAAGAUUAUUGUGGUUAGGAUUAAUAUGUUGCUCUCUCUCCGCCUGCAUCUACCUCAUAUUGCAAAUAUACGGUAAAUUCCAGCGCAGUCCUGUUAUAGUAACUUUCGCCACGUCCGAAUCCCCCAUUUACACUAUCCCAUUUCCCGCUGUAACCGUUUGCCCUCUGACCCAGGCCAGAAAGGAAGUUUUCGAUUUCUCCGAGACCAUUCGCAAAAUGAAACGAAACGAAAGCGUCACCGACAAAGAGUAUCGCUAUGCUAAAUACAUGUCUCUGGCGUGCGAGAAAGACAACAAACUGUUCAAAAACGAAACCACUUUUACGGAGGAUUUUUUCCGAGCGAUCGAUGAGUUAAAAAUACCAUUUGAUGAGGUGAUGAUCUCCUGCAAGAUGAUGAACAUCCCAGCUCCUUGCGAGAAACUGUUCCAUCCGAUUAUAUUGGACCACACUGUUUGCUAUACCUUCAAUAUGCUAGAUAGGGAUGAUAUUUUUCACAAUAACGUCGUGCAUUACGGAAACUACCACAAUUUCGAAGAAGAAAUUUCGGGUUGGUCGAACGACAAAGGAUAUUUCAAGCAGGACAACGUUUUACAAAACUACCCUAUCAGGGCAUUUUUGGCAGGAGCUGAUAACGCUUUGGAAAUAACUUUCUAUCAGAAUUACAGCAACAACGAUCAUUUAUGCAUCGAAGAUACUCAAGGAUACCAUGUUUCAUUGCACGCGCCCUACGCAAUCCCGCUGAUUAAAAAGCAAUAUUUCAACGUGCCCUUCGAGCGGGUAGUGAUGGUUUCCGUCCGCCCCAAGGUGAUAUCCACCUCGGAGAAAGUCCGCCAAUUCGAUCCGGACAUCAGACAGUGCUACUUCUCCACCGAGAAGCCCCUCAAAUACUUCAAAGUCUACUCGCCCAAAAACUGCAAGCUGGAAUGUCUCACCAACUACACGUUGAACACCUGCGGGUGCGUCGGUUAUUACAUGCCCAGAGAAAACGCCACAGCGAUUUGCGGUAAUUCCAAUUACAAGUGCAUGGAAGACGCCGAACUUCAAUUGAAAGUGAAGCAAUUAAUGGAGCAAAUUGUGGGCGGAAAAGAGAAUUUCUUCUGCGAUUGCAAGCCGCUGUGUACCGAUGUAACGUACGAAACUGCAAUUUCGCCUACUUACUGGGAUUUUACUCGCCAAUUCGAGGCUUGGAAUAUUCACGACGAUGUUAUAAUCGAUAAACACGCGCAUUUCGCUAAACUGAUAAUAUACUUCGAGCAGGAUUCGUUCCUGACUUCAGAGAGGAGCGAAUUGUAUGGACCAACAGACUUCCUGGCUAAUUUCGGCGGGUUGUUGGGACUUUUCACCGGUUUUUCUUUGUUAUCAGCAGUGGAGAUUAUCUACUUUUUGAGCGUGAGGAUGUGCUGCAAUUUCAGGCUGCACAGGAUUUGGACGGGAGUGGAAAAUUAA